CACUCGAGGUCGUGCCGCCGCGUGCGCACAUUGCUGAAGUACGAGCAUUGCCGCGCCGCGCACGAAUCACAUCGCUGCGCCCACAGCUCGCUGCGUCCACAAAACUUGUCAUCGCUACCUCUUUGCCCUCAUUGCUGCACACUCGUGUCUGGACAUUCCUGGACCACAAACACCAUGCGAGCAGUGCUCACCAUUCGUCGCGCAACGGCGCGAGCCGUCAAACGAUGCAUGGCGACGACGCCGCGGACGCUGCAGCAACUGGUCGAACACGCGGAGGACCCGGAUCUGAUCAAAGCGGCGCAGCGCGCGCACGUCGAAUUGUCGGAUCGCGUCGAGGAGCAGGUCGCGCGCUGCACCGCGCUGGAGGCGACGGCGCCGACGAACCGCGACCUCGGCACGCUCACGGCGCUCUACAAGGGCGUCGCGACGGAGCUGGCCGCGGGCGACGAGAUCGCCGCGGCGGCGCGCGCCUCGGACGCCGACAUCGCGGCGCUGCACCGCUCGUUCAAGUCGAUCGAGGAGCGCCACUCGUCCUUCGUGCCGAGCGUCGUCGACGCGCUGCGCGAGGGCAACGUGCCGGUCUCCGCGGCGGGCCUGCUCGAGGACCUCCUUGCGGCGCACAUCGGCGCGUCGACGGUGCUGCGGAAUCACCUGCUGGCCCACGCGCCGGAACUCGAGAACCCCGGCGCGACGCUGGCCGCGCCGCCGGCGCACGGCACGGGCGCCGCUCGCCUCGACGCCAAGCUCAUCAACGUCGUCGGGGCGGCGGUGGGCGACGCGCAGCUUGUCUGCGAGCACGCCUACGACCUCGCGGACCCGCCGCCCGUGUCCAUCGCGGACGACGGCUCGGCGGCGGCGUGUGUCCCGGCGCACGCGACGCACGUCGUGCGCGAGCUACUAAAGAACGCGCUGGUGGCCACCAUCGAGAAGCACGUGGCGAAGCACGGGCCGAACUCGGACGCCUGGGACGAGGAGUUGCCGCCGGUCGAGAUCGCGCUCGCGGCGUCGACCAUAUCCAUCGUCGAUCACGGCGGCGGCCUGGAGGAUCCCGACGCGUUGCUGCGCAUCCGGCCGGACCUGUCGUCGCGCUACGACCGGCUCGACGAGCCGGGCGGGUCCUACAACUCGGGCUCACAAAAGCCCAUUUCGGGCGUCGGCAUGGGUUUGCCCCUGUGUGGAAAUCAAAUUUCGCCACGCCGUCGACGCGAUGUUGUCCUCGUGAUCGCGUCGGCUCAAUGGCGUGGAGGCUCACGAACGUCCAUGCAAUAUUUCCACACAGGUCUCCCCAUGUCAAAACUUUACGCGGCG